GAGCGCGAGCGCCGGCUAGCUCUCCGGGCCACUCCGUGCCCCAGCCGCCUCCGUGCUCCGCAGCCCAGCCCUGAGCCGGACUUCCCGGGGCACCGUCUUCCCCGGCGCUCAGCCCAGGACCCAGACCUAGCCCUCACCUCUGUCGGCGACCCAGAGGGACCCGAGGGCUCUCGGUACCUGGGCACUGUGAGUGAUGCGCAGCGGGGCAGCGCCAGCCCCACGGAUGGAGCUGCUGCCGCCGCCGCCCGGCGCGCCCCGCUCCGCCCGCGCCCCGUGCGCCUGAGCGCCGCGCCCGCCCCUCCUCCGCGCCAACUCCGCCGCCCCCCCCCCCCCAGGCCGCCCGCGCGCCUCCUCGGGCUCCUCGUGUCCCGCCGCGCCAGGCAGCCUCCUCUGAGUGAGGACGCUUGUACACCAUGGCCCCCGGGCGGACCGGGGCCGGCGCCGCUGUGCGCGCCCGCCUGGCGCUGGCCUUGGCACUGGCGAGCAUCCUGAGCGGACCCCCCGCUGCCGCCUGCCCCACCAAGUGUACCUGCUCCGCCGCUAGCGUGGACUGCCACGGGCUGGGCCUGCGCACGGUUCCUCGGGGCAUCCCCCGCAACGCAGAGCGCCUUGACCUGGACAGAAAUAACAUCACCAGAAUCACCAAAAUGGACUUCGCCGGCCUGAAGAAUCUCCGAGUCUUGCAUCUGGAAGACAAUCAGGUCAGCAUCAUCGAGAGAGGCGCCUUCCAGGAUCUGAAGCAGCUGGAGCGAUUACGUCUGAACAAGAACAAGCUCCAGGUCCUUCCAGAAUUACUUUUCCAGAGCACACCGAAGCUCACCAGACUAGAUCUGAGCGAAAACCAGAUCCAGGGCAUCCCGAGGAAGGCGUUCAGAGGUGUCACAGGCGUGAAGAACCUGCAACUGGACAAUAACCACAUCAGCUGCAUUGAAGAUGGAGCCUUCCGAGCGCUGCGCGAUUUGGAGAUCCUCACCCUCAACAAUAACAACAUCAGCCGCAUCCUGGUCACCAGCUUCAACCACAUGCCGAAGAUCCGGACUCUGCGUCUCCACUCCAACCACCUAUACUGUGACUGUCAUUUGGCCUGGCUCUCAGAUUGGCUUCGACAGCGGCGAACCAUUGGCCAGUUCACCCUCUGCAUGGCGCCCGUGCACCUGAGAGGCUUCAGUGUAGCAGAUGUGCAGAAGAAGGAGUAUGUGUGUCCAGGUCCCCACUCGGAGGCUCCAGCCUGCAAUGCCAACUCCCUCUCCUGCCCUUCUGCUUGCUCAUGCAGUAAUAACAUUGUGGACUGCCGAGGGAAGGGAUUGACAGAGAUCCCUGCCAACCUGCCAGAGGGCAUCGUGGAAAUACGCCUAGAACAGAACUCCAUCAAAUCCAUUCCUGCCGGAGCCUUCACCCAGUACAAAAAACUGAAGCGAAUAGACAUCAGCAAGAAUCAGAUAUCGGACAUCGCUCCAGAUGCCUUCCAGGGCCUGAAAUCACUCACGUCGCUGGUACUCUAUGGGAACAAGAUCACAGAGAUUCCCAAAGGACUGUUUGACGGGCUGGUGUCCCUGCAGCUACUCCUCCUCAAUGCCAACAAGAUCAACUGCCUGCGGGUGAACACUUUCCAGGACCUACAGAACCUCAAUCUGCUCUCUCUGUAUGACAACAAGUUGCAGACUAUCAGCAAAGGGCUCUUCACUCCACUGCAGUCCAUCCAGACCCUCCACUUAGCUCAAAACCCAUUUGUUUGCGACUGCCACUUGAAGUGGUUGGCUGACUACCUCCAGGACAACCCUAUUGAGACAAGUGGGGCCCGCUGCAGCAGCCCACGCCGGCUGGCCAACAAGCGCAUCAGCCAGAUCAAAAGCAAGAAGUUCCGCUGCUCAGGCUCUGAGGAUUACCGCAACAGAUUCAGCAGUGAGUGCUUCAUGGACUUAGUAUGCCCUGAGAAGUGCCGCUGUGAGGGCACCAUUGUGGACUGCUCCAACCAGAAGCUAGCCCGCAUCCCAAGCCACCUCCCUGAAUAUACCACUGACCUGCGACUGAACGACAAUGACAUCUCUGUGCUGGAGGCCACUGGGAUCUUCAAGAAGUUGCCUAACCUGAGGAAAAUAAACCUGAGCAAUAAUAGGAUCAAGGAGGUGCGGGAGGGUGCCUUUGAUGGAGCAGCAGGCGUGCAGGAGCUGAUGCUGACGGGGAACCAGCUGGAGACCAUGCACGGGCGCAUGUUCCGGGGCCUCAGUGGCCUCAAGACACUGAUGUUGAGGAGCAACCUCAUCAGCUGUGUAAGCAACGACACCUUCGCUGGCCUAAGCUCUGUGAGACUGCUGUCUCUCUAUGACAAUCGGAUCACCACCAUCACCCCUGGAGCCUUCACCACACUUGUCUCCCUGUCCACCAUAAACCUCCUGUCUAACCCUUUCAACUGCAACUGUCACAUGGCCUGGCUCGGCCGCUGGCUGAGGAAGCGCCGCGUGGUCAGCGGGAACCCCAGAUGCCAGAAGCCCUUUUUCCUCAAGGAGAUUCCUAUCCAAGACGUGGCCAUCCAGGACUUUACCUGCGACGGCAAUGAAGAGAGCAGCUGCCAGCUGAGUCCACGCUGCCCCGAGCAGUGUACCUGUUUGGAAACAGUGGUGCGAUGCAGCAACAGGGGUCUCCGCGCCCUCCCCAAAGGCAUGCCAAAGGAUGUGACUGAACUGUACCUGGAAGGAAACCACUUAACAGCAGUACCGAAAGAGUUGUCCGCCUUCCGACAGCUGACACUUAUUGACCUGAGCAACAACAGCAUCAGCAUGCUGACCAACCACACCUUCAGCAACAUGUCUCACCUCUCCACGCUGAUCCUGAGCUACAACCGGCUGAGAUGCAUCCCUGUCCACGCCUUCAAUGGGCUACGGUCCCUCCGAGUGCUAACCCUCCAUGGCAAUGACAUUUCCAGUGUUCCUGAAGGCUCCUUCAAUGAUCUGACGUCCCUGUCCCACCUAGCCCUGGGAACCAACCCUCUCCACUGUGACUGCAGCCUGCGUUGGUUAUCAGAAUGGGUAAAGGCUGGAUACAAGGAGCCUGGCAUCGCCAGAUGCAGUAGCCCCGAGUCCAUGGCCGACAGACUCCUGCUCACCACCCCCACCCACCGGUUCCAGUGCAAAGGGCCAGUGGACAUCAACAUCGUGGCCAAGUGCAAUGCCUGCCUCUCUAGCCCGUGCAAAAACAACGGCACUUGCAGUCAGGAUCCUGUGGAGCACUACCGCUGUACCUGCCCCCACAGCUUCAAGGGCAAGGACUGCACCGUACCCAUCAACACCUGUGUCCAGAACCCCUGUCAGCAUGGAGGCACCUGUCACCUGAGUGAGAACCACAAAGAUGGGUUCAGCUGCUCCUGCCCCCUGGGCUUUGAGGGACAGCGGUGUGAGAUCAACCCAGAUGACUGUGAGGAUAACGACUGCGAAAACAGCGCCACCUGUGUGGAUGGGAUCAACAACUACGCAUGCGUGUGCCCGCCAAACUACACAGGGGAACUGUGUGAUGAAGUGAUUGACUACUGUGUGCCCGAGAUGAACCUCUGUCAGCACGAGGCCAAGUGCGUCUCCCUGGACAAAGGAUUCAGGUGUGAGUGUGUCCCUGGCUACAGUGGAAAGCUGUGUGAGACAGACAACGAUGACUGUGUAGCUCACAAGUGUCGCCAUGGAGCCCAGUGUGUGGACGCAGUCAAUGGCUACACAUGCAUCUGCCCCCAGGGCUUCAGUGGGCUCUUCUGUGAGCACCCUCCACCCAUGGUCCUGCUACAGACCAGCCCCUGUGACCAGUAUGAGUGCCAGAAUGGGGCUCAGUGCAUCGUGGUACAGCAGGAGCCCACUUGCCGCUGUCCCCCAGGCUUUGCUGGACCCAGAUGUGAAAAGCUCAUCACUGUGAAUUUCGUGGGCAAGGACUCCUAUGUGGAACUGGCCUCCGCCAAGGUCCGGCCCCAGGCUAACAUCUCCCUGCAGGUGGCCACUGACAAGGACAAUGGCAUCCUUCUUUACAAGGGAGACAACGACCCCUUGGCCCUGGAGCUGUACCAGGGCCACGUGAGGCUGGUGUAUGACAGUCUGAGUUCUCCUCCAACCACGGUGUACAGUGUGGAGACGGUGAAUGAUGGUCAGUUUCACAGCGUGGAGCUCGUGAUGCUAAACCAGACCCUGAACCUGGUGGUAGACAAAGGCGCCCCCAAGAGCCUGGGAAAGCUCCAGAAGCAGCCAGCAGUGGGCAUCAACAGCCCCCUCUAUCUUGGAGGCAUCCCCACCUCUACGGGCCUCUCAGCCUUACGGCAGGGUGCAGACCGGCCGCUGGGCGGUUUCCACGGCUGUAUCCACGAAGUGCGCAUCAACAACGAGCUGCAAGACUUCAAAGCCCUCCCACCCCAGUCCCUGGGGGUCUCUCCUGGCUGCAAGUCCUGCACUGUGUGUCGCCAUGGUCUGUGUCGCUCCGUGGAGAAGGACAGCGUAGUGUGUGAGUGCCAUCCGGGAUGGACUGGUCCACUGUGUGAUCAGGAAGCUCGGGACCCCUGCCUUGGUCACAGCUGCAGCCAUGGAACAUGUGUGGCGACUGGCAACUCAUACAUGUGCAAGUGUGCCGAGGGCUAUGGGGGAGUUUUAUGUGACCAGAAGAAUGACUCUGCCAGCGCCUGCUCAGCCUUCAAGUGCCACCACGGACAGUGCCACGUCUCAGAUCGAGGGGAGCCCUAUUGUCUAUGCCAGCCUGGCUUCAGUGGCAACCACUGUGAGCAAGAGAAUCCGUGUUUGGGGGAGAUAGUCCGUGAAGCCAUCCGCCGCCAGAAAGAUUAUGCCUCCUGUGCCACAGCGUCCAAGGUGCCCAUCAUGGAAUGCCGCGGGGGCUGCGGGAGCCAGUGCUGCCAGCCGAUCCGGAGCAAGCGGCGGAAAUAUGUCUUCCAGUGCACUGAUGGCUCCUCAUUCGUGGAAGAGGUGGAGAGACACUUGGAAUGUGGCUGUCGUGCGUGUUCCUGAGCCCUCCUCUGCCACCCACCCAUCCUCCGCCUUUCAGACUCCAGCUCACUGGGCUGGGGACAGCCACGUGGAACCUCUUUGAGAUUCAGAAUGAAGGAGAGAAAGCUGGAAAGCAAGAGGCGAAAGAGAGAAUAUUAAGUAUAUUGUAAAAUAAACAAAAAAUAGAACUUAUUUUUAUUAUGGAAAGUGACUAUUUUCAUCUUUUAUUAUAUAAAUAUAUCACACCGUCUGAGUAUAUGGACUAUACAGUGAGUUAUUUUUACCAAGUUUUGUUUUGUGUUGUGUAUUUGUUGUCUUUAUAAACAGCUGUUUAAAUUUUUAAGACAAAAAAAACACUAAUAAAAAUGUUUUAAACACAAGGAUAAGAAUAGAGGAACGGUAGCCUGUCUGAGGCAAGAAGAGGGAAUUUUUAUGUGUAUGUAGUUCUCUCAGGGUCAGCAAAAACAAGAGUGAUUUUUCUGAGCUGGCUGGGGGGAAAAGGAAGAGAAAGCAAAAGUGGUUUUAGUUUCUCUGUGGUCUUGGCUCAUCCUUUUCCCUCUUCCUUGUAAGCAGCAAGUUUCUCCUGGUCCUGGUUUUCUAGGCCCAGUGUAUCCCCUUGCUUCCAAAAGGAGCUGCUGAGCCCUGAAAGUCCUGUUGCACUUCAGAGGACCUGCUGCCUCUUGCUGAUCUGAUCAGGGCCCCCUGCAGCCUGUGAGCCCCCUGGGAGGUGGAGGCCACCACUCCUGGUCUCCUUGAAGGAAUUGAAUCUGGCUUUGCCAAGCAAGUUGGGUCUGUUCUGCCAAAUCUGUUCUUUUUCUGCCUUUCUGAGAAAACUUGUCCUCAAGAUGAGGUAGAGAAAGAGGGGGGUCGCCCCAGGUCCCAGGAACUGGCCUCUUCCUGGCCAGUUUCGUUGAAGUGCAAUACCACAGAGCAGGCAGCAGGACUGCCCAAGAAUGAGACAGGGAGCCUCCGGUAUCUGAUCCUCCAGGCCUCCAUCUCAGUGCUGGAGAACGGUACCAUCCAGCACACAUCUGAAACCUAACUUUAUCCAAUCCCUCCUUCUCUGGUGCACUGAACCCCAUUUCUUAACUAAAGACAAUCAAGCCCCGUCAUUUGCCUUAAGUCAUCAUCUGAUACAUAGAGAUGCCAGGCCUGGAGUGUGGACUCUAGAUUCCCCUCCAGAACGAGUAGACACAGGAGACAAACAGAAAAGAAAAAAAAAAAGAUAUUUUUCCAGCUGCCUUUUCUCCUCUGUUUUGCUCACUCUUCCUUUCUGCCUCAUUCAAAUCCAGAAAAUUUCUAGAGACAGAAACUCAGGCAUUUUAAAAAAAAAAAAAAAAAA